AUGAGGAUCCCGUUGACGGAGAGACGUCCGUCUACCUGCCAUCAGUUUCGAAAUCUCACACCAACAAAAACAAAAGAGUCUCAAAAGCAAGUGGACACCAGAGGACGGACGAUCGAUCGAGGCGGAUGCUAUCAUAAUAAGUGUAACACACCGACAGACAGGAGCAUGACCAUUAUUGCCGCCGACUCGAGAAGCAACAAGUUUGUUUGGAACGACUACACGGUACCUCGUUGGCCGUUGGAUGAUGAUGAUGAUGAUGAUGCCAAAGCGGAUGAUGCUGUGAUUAGCGAUGCUUCUUUCACCCUCCGACAUCUCAAGCAGGGAGCCACGGGAGCUGUCAAGACUUGGCCCGUGGCAGAGUUGCUUCUCGACUACCUGGUACGACACGGAGGACUCUUGCGGCACAAGAGCACUUUGGGGGCACUGGAUCUCACCCAUGAUGAGCCAGCCGAUCUGAAGCAGCUCUUUUCUCUAGCACAGCAGCAACAACACUGUCAGUACAACAUUCUCGAGUUGGGAGCGGGAACGGGCUACGUAGGGAUUGGAUUGGCCCGGUCUCUCCAACGCCAUUCCAUUCGAGUCCUUUGUACUGACAACGAUAAGAAUACCCUCAAGAAUAUGCGACACAAUUUGAGAGCUUGUCAAAGCGACAAGACUGUUCGAGUGGCGCAUUUGGACUGGGGAGACACUAGCAUCCUGGAACCCAAGUUUGUAAAGGCGCUAGAAACCUUCUUUCCAAGUACCGGUACUACACAAGACGAUCCAUCCCUGCCAUUGGAACGGAUCACUCACGUCAUUGGAUCCGAUGUGCAUUACGGUGAGACCACCUUGGAACCCUUGUCGACAGUGAUUGCAGCCGUCAAACUUCAAAAUCCAAAGGUUCAGGUCACCUUGUUGAUCAAAGAACGUGCGGUGGACUCGAUUGGGGCCUUGAAGAACCGCAUUCAAGACAAAGUGGGAGAUUCCUUGCCCGGAUUUUCCGUCCUGGUCCGAGACGUCUUGCACGAAAGUGUGACAACCGUCAAGAUCAUAGAGUGCUAA